AUGGAAAAUCCGAUGGUCAUCACGGAUGCUGAUAGUAAACUUCUUGCUUACUAUGCAAAUAUGCGAAGAAGAUUGGAGAAAGAGAAGCUGAAUGAUAUUGAAGUCGACAAGCUGUACGAUAUCGUUGAAGUGACUGGUGGUCUCUUCGAUAAACAUGGCAUUCGGUACACGAUUGAAGGUGGUACUUUAUUAGGUGCCAUUCGAAAUGGUGGUCUUAUCAAGCAUGAUAACGAUGCCGACUUCGAUGUUCUCCAAGAUGAUUUAGAUAAAAUUAAGGCUCUGAGCAGCAAUUUUGCUGAAUAUGGACUCGAAAUAAUUGACGUUCCAGGAUGGGGACUUCAAGUUACUCAUAUAGACAGUCCAUGCCUGGCGCCAGGUCUCUGGACUGAUGGGACUACAGAAUGGACGAGUAAAUGGCCAUUUCUCGACCUCAUUGCCAUUCGUUGGGAUGCAAUUGGACAAAAAUAUAUACUUGCUCAGGACGUGGCUUAUCAUGAUUAUCCUGAAUACUAUUUAACCCGAUCCGACUGGGAGAAUCCUUUCGAGAAAAUACCGUUUGGACACCUAAUGUUGUGGGCUAUAGGUGGUACAAAAAAUCGACGAGCAUAUCUAGAUCGUCAUUAUAGAAACUGGGAUCGAAUGAUAGAAAUGAAGAUGGAUCAUCGAUCGAAUCAAUAUUUUCAAGUUGAGAUUCAGUGUCCAUUAUCCUCAGAAGAUUUAUGCUAUCGGCCACGAAGUAAAAAUCCAACAACAUUGAAGAAACCAUAUUCACGAACAAAAGUAAUAAAUAUGAUUCAAGAAAAUUGA